GAAUGGUUGUCGAUUAUACUAAUAGAAAUUAUUUUAUCGCUAAAACUGAAAAUGCAUUUUAUAUGCCUGUUACGUCUUUCGUCUUGGCUCGAAUAGGGAUUCCAACGCCCAUUAAAAUGAUUGUUUCUCAAAAUAAUUUCUGCUACAAACUGAAAAGUCUAAACGGGAAAAUGAAAACAGUUGCAGCUUGUUCUCAUUGCUUGUGCAAAGAGGAAAUCUGUGUGAGAUUAAAAGUAAAUCACCAUGUCAGAAAAUUGUUCCAGAGAAACAGAAGGUUUGAUUUUAUCAUCUUUUGAAGUUCUACAAGACCAUCAAAGUAAUGGUAGACAAAUUAAACUGACUAAUGCCUUUAGUAAUGGUCUGGAAGAAAGAAAUUCUGCAAAGAUUACCCCAUUUGGACAAGGCAAUGUUUCAAUGAAUGACAGUGGCCAUUGUGGUCCAUGCACUAAUGAUGGUGAUGAAAUGUUUGAUGAUAAUUUUCGGGGAGAUGAAGCGGUUGACUCACUAGAUAAUGAUACGAACAACAACUCCUUAGACAGAGAAGAUGAUGGGGAUGAUGAAGAAGAUGAUGAUGAUGAUGAGGAUGAGGAAGCUAGUCAUAUUUUACAACAGGAAGAAUUACAGGGCACAAAUCAAACUGUAUCCAUUAACGUUGAGUCAGGAAGUACAUCAUCUGACCCAAGGAACCAUCAUAGCUGCCAGGAUAACUAUGUUAACACAUCAAUAGGAAUGGCAGGACAUUCAUUUGUUACUGCUUCAAGAAAUACCUGGAAACCAGAUCCUACUACUCCAAAUGCUAGUGGCAGAUACUCAGGAGAGUGGCACAUUCCUUUAAGUACUCCAAGCAAUGGUCUACGCAGAGACUCAAGAAGGCAAGAUGAAUUUUCCUCUCCUGAUUUGAGUAGAGAUGGUGGUGUGGAAGAACAACAUUGGAAGUUUGUCCAUGGCCAUGCAGCAGAUCAACAUCAACACUGGGGUCAAGAAACCAAAGUAGUUGUUGGCUCUGCAAAUACCAGCUGGGUCACACCAAAGAGAAGUGAAGAUCAAGUCCAUGAUCUUCAAGGUCUACAUCCCCACUCCAAUCUUGACCAUACCGGUCAUUGGAGCCACAAUAUAAGAACAGGGCAACCCAAUGUGCACGGGUGGUCUAAAGAAUUAGGUGGAGUCUACACCACAGAAUCUGAAAUUAACAACGUACGAAACUUGUUCACACUGCAACCAGCUCAGCCAGCAUUGAAUGCUACUGCUGUUAACACUACUUUCAAUGACAUGCGAGCUGGCAGUACUUGGAACCUAGGCAGCCAUCAUCCAGCUGGUCAAGCAUUAGGAAAUUUGCAAAGACCUCUGCUACAUCAUGAUAUGGCUUGCCACAGGACAGCACCUACAAAUAUUUUUCACCAGUCUCCAUCUCAGAACUAUGCUGGAUUUCAGAGUCAAGAGAGAGAAGAAUGGCCUGCCUCAGCUUUAAGUCCAGGACCAUCUGGAAUAACAACUGAUGUUUCUGCAGACCAUUUUAAACUAACUGGGGUACAGAGGAACCCAGUAUGCAAGUCAGCUAUUCUCAAUAAGCAAAGAAAAGGAAGAAACAAUCAAGGGGGAUCUGCUCUAUCUGUCUCAGAGACUCAGAUUCCUACUAAAGUUCGCCCAACACUUGACCAGGUUCGUGAACAAAGUCAUCCUUAUCAGAUUAAAGAGCAAAAGAAAAUUGUGAGAGAUGUUUAUCCAGCUACAUCAGCUAAUGUCCACACUUUGAAAGCCUCUCACAUUGUGUCAUGGUACAUUGAUUACCUGAUCCAUGAGAAUGAACAUCUAACACAGAUCUCCAGAGCUUUCUCACUUCCAGUCAACCUCUUCCAUUCAGAUGACUUUUAUUUUAUGGACAGUUUAAAGAAAAAGGUACAUUUUCCAAGUUUGAAGUUCCUCUCCUGGAUGCAACAGAAUUUGCCAAGUAUAAAUGUAAAUGCCAUUGAUUUCCAUGAAGGAAGACCACCUGCUUUGUCAACAUGGAAUCAAGACUGGUUCUGGCAGAACAAAUCUAGGCGUGACAUUAUACAUGAUGUGUUUUUUUACUUUCAACAUCGUCGGGUUACUUGUGAAAAUUAGCCAUACUUCUAAUCAGAUUUAGAAACAAAAAGCUAAAAAAGUCUUAGUUAAUUAUUCCUUAAGUUUUUUCUUAAACCCUAAUUCUGUUACUUCAUUACUUUAAUUGUUGGUUACUUAUCUCUAGGAGUCUUCAUAUCUUAUGUGUACAACAUUAACAUGAUUACAACCUCAAAAUCUACCUAAAAGCUUUCUUUAUAUGUUACAUGUAUUGUCAUAUCUUCCACCUUUCCAUUUGCACCUUGUAUCUGUAUUUUUGUCUCUAAACUUAAAAUUUCUUAUUUCACUUUUCUUGUUUGAUUUGUUUUAUUAACCUUUGCUUAUUUUUCAACAAGAAUUAUGGAGUCAAAGGACUGUAAAUACUGUAAAAAAAAUUAUUACUAUAACUGAUAUUCAAAGCAUUAUUUUAAAAUGUUAAAAGUUUUAAUAUGAUAUUGUAAAAUACAGAUUUUAAUAAUUUUUUUUUAUAUUGUUAGAUUUUUCCUUUAAACAGAGUUGAUAAUAAUGUACAGUAUCUUUUGUACCAAACUAUUUAAAAUAUAAUUUUAUUUUACCUGUUUUAACUAAUUACAGAUUAUAAUAUUUUUUGAGUAAAAUAUAUAAAAAUGACAUAUUUAUAUAGUUAAAUAUUUUUCAUUCUACUGUAUCACCAGAAAACAGAUUUUUUAAAUUGAUACUAAUAACAUGCUUGUUAUUUUUAUUGUUACUACUUGCUUAGACAGUUUAAUCAAGUAGUUUGUUUAAUCAUUUGCUAUUUUUUAAAAAGCUAAAAUGAUUUUUAUUAAAUACACUCUCAAGCAUUACAUUGGAAUGUUUCUGUUAACUGCAAAUGGAUGUUAAUAAAUUUUAAGAA